AUGUUGGACAAUCCGUAUCAAGUGCUUGGUCUUUCUUAUGACGCAUCUGAAAGUGAAAUAAAAAAGUCAUACUACAAGGCAGCUCUCAAAUAUCACCCCGAUCGCCAGGCCAACAACAAGGAAAACAAAGACGAGGAUGCCAAUGAAAAGUUUGCCGUGAUUAAAGAGGCUUAUGAAAUCUUGACCGAUCCUGUCAAGCGCUACGAUUGGCGGCAGGCACACGGCGGUAACGGCAACAGAACAACAGCACCGCCAACGUCAACGCCGAAAGCAGCACCAGCAACAAGGGCAUCGAAGGCUUCAAAGACACCAGCUAGUCCUUUUCGGGAUCGAGGACGUGCGGGGGUACCGCUAUCCAACACCUCAUAUCAAUCCAAUACACAACCGGUCUCUAACUCGAGCAAGAGAACCAGACGAUCCCCAAUGUCACGCCAUCAGCAUCAGCAGCAGACCCCACAAUCGCCGCUGUCGACCGACGCCAACUCUAACAGAAAGAAGUACAUGCCACAGCGACAGCAGCAGCUACCACAGCCGCCGCUCUCGGCUCCUUCCACUCAUCGAAAAUCGCCCCAGCACGGGUUGAAUGAUCGAGUAGGCGUUCCCUUGUCCAAGAAGAGUGUUUUAAUGGCAACGACUCCCAAAAGCUCGGUCUUGAGGCAAUCUGUACGGAGCAAAUCCCCGCGGCCUGCUCCCCGUAGUGGCAAGUACGACAUGGCUGCACCUCCACUGUACCAUGACAAUAUGUCCGCCACUUCAAAGCAAAAGAAAGUCCGGCAACCACCGCGCAUGAGUUCGUUGGAUCUUAACCACGGUCGCAAAAAGCAUAGAUUAUCACCCAUGCGGAAAGGUGAUUCAUUCGAUCACGGUGCUUCGCGUCCUUUUCACAACAAGACGAGGAUCAACAAGACGAGGAUGGCGAGGGUAAAUAUGACUGGAAUCGAGAUACUGCAGUAG